CAAGCCAUAGACGGGUAGUAGACGUUGCCCGUCUCCUUUUUCCGCUGUUGUUUUCCGGAGCUGCAUUUCUACCACAGAUAAGCACAAUACUGCCGCUCUGUAUUCGCGUGCAAGGGACUCGGUUUGGCCGAAAGAAAAAAAGUAAAGCGAAAUCCGCAUUCAUCGAUGGCAGAGUGGCGUCAGGGCCGGCGACUAAGCUGACGCCCACGCAAGAGCGGCGGUGUCGGUGUUGCGCGGAGCGCGCCAUGACGAGCUCGUGCUGCUUCUGACCGUCCCACGUUCCUUCAGGGGUCCGGCAGCGUCGAGUGCGCGCGCGCGCGACCGAGAUCAUGGCGAGCUAUCGUCGCGCCCAGCAAGAACUGGACGACGAUAGCCUGCGGAAAAAGUUGACCGGAUUCGGCGAAGACGUCGGUCCGAUCACAGACACUACGCGCGCUACGUACCAGCGACGGCUGUCGCAGCUUCAGCAGAACGGCACCAAGAGCAGCACCGCGCGAAGGAGCGGCAGCACCUCGUCGUCGGCGUACAGAAAUCUGGCCGCGCUAAGCUCCGAUGACAGCGACUACGACUCGGGCAGCGGUCAACGGAGCACGCGCCGCAGGUCCGCCGUGCCAGCGCGCAAAAAGACCGCGACAGCCCCCGAAAAGACGCCGCGGCGUUCGUUGCCCGCGUCGCCGCUCGAGCGGCCGGGCUUGCGGAGCCGCACCGUGCACACGUCUACUCGCGCUGAUGACUUCUCGGACACGGAUAGUGACCAUGCACUGCCCUCGCGAGCACACUACCAGCUACCGCUGCAGACGUCGCCGCUUUAUACUAGAACGACGCAUUACCACCUGCCCCAGACGCCGCCGCCGUCGUCGUACAACAGCAGCGGCAGCCUUCUGGUACACAAAUCUGACGAGACCAGUCGGGGCAAUGGCUACACGGCACUUGCAGAGCCAAAGCCCCGAUACCAGUGGGUCUCAUUUGUGCUGGUGCUAGCUGCUGCCUGUUUCUUUGCGUUCCUGGCUGCUGCAUACAUGGGUGUGCGCUACCCAUCUCAAUCAGGUCAGCUGCCUUCUGAUGCCAAGGUGCAAGGCAAGCCACGUGCGGACGCACCUUUUAAUGUCACACUCUGUGAGAACAACCGCGAGAAACCCUGUAUCUAUGAAAACGACGUACCAGCAGCCUUAGAACUGGCUGGACGCAUGCAGAAACUUCUGGGCCAGACUGCAGGCAAUUAUGAGUGUGGCCAGACACCAUACCGCUCCCUCACAAGUGCUACCUGCCUGGAGUUCCUGCGAGCCAACAGUGAAGCGCCCAUUACUGACACUGCCUUUCAAAACAGCUUGCUGUUGCUCUUUGAGAACCCUGCCUGGGGAAUCAAGCUUCUGGAUUCUGAUGGGCUGUUGCUGAGCACCUACACCCUGCCUGAUGCUGUGUCAGCCCUGGAGGCCAACCGAGCGGUUAAGUCCUUCUGGUGCUGCCUGCGCCUCGCAGCGCACAGCUUUCUCAACCAGAUCCUCAUGGUUGCUUUUGUAAUUGUGACCUUUGCGGCACUCUACGUGUGUGCGGUUUGGUACAAGGCACGGAGGGAUCGCUGGCAGCAGCAGAUCUACAAUCUCACCGAAAAGAUCACAGCCAUCGUGAAGGAGCACGCAGAGCAGCCAAACUGCAGGGACCCUUUCCUUGCUCAAGUGCAUGUACGGGACAUGCUUAUCAACCCUUCCCAACGGAAGCAGCUGAGCAGCCUGUGGCAGAGUGCGGUUGCAUUCCUCGAGCGGAAUGAAUCACGCCUGCGCACGGAACGCCAGCAGAUUGAGGGUGAGAGCUACCUGGUGUGGCGCUGGCUGGGGACGCCUUCCACACCGCGCUCCAAGGUGUGGCAGGGAAAAGCAUUCGAAAGCCAGAGCGGGGUCAUAGGUGCGCCCCUGGGACCCUCCUGUGUGCCGGCCACCUGCCUCAAGAUUCGCCACAUGUUCGACCCCGAAGUGGAGUACGAAGAUGACUGGCCCAAGCAGAUUGAGAAUGCGAUCCUAGAGAAGUGCGAGGGCAAUGCUGGCAUCGUGCACAUACAUGUGGAUACAGCAUCCCGAGAGGGCUGUGUCUACAUGAAGUGUGCCAGCUUGGAGUCAGCAGGACAAGCAUAUCGUGCCCUUCAUGGCUCAUGGUUCGAUGGGAACCUGAUCACAGUGAAGUACCUGCGGCUGGAGCGAUACCACGAUCGCUUUCCGGAGUCACGAUACUGCCACUCUUCGCUCCGGCCUAGCAAUUCAUUAAGGCUCUCAAUGGACAGCAUCCCACCUGAUCCCGAUGAGGACACACUUUGAGGAAGGCACACCUGGUGACUUUUAGGCCGAACGACUAAUUUACCACUCUUGCUUUGUUGCGGGCUUUUGGCAAGCGGUGCAGCUUGCCAGAGUUGCACAGAGCACAAAAAACUUUAAGCUUGAUUAUAAUAAUAAAAAAUGAUAAUUAACAACUGAAA